AGUAUCUGUUUUCUCGGAGGCAAUUAGCGUCACAAACGAGGAGAGCAACAGGACUAGUGUUCUCUUUUCUCGAUGAUGAAACAACUGCCUCCAAGCCGACCUCCGGGAGCCUUUAAGUGGCCACCAGCCGCACCAAAAGGAAGCAAGGAAUCGCUUCUGUAGGGAGUGAUUUGCAAGUAGCAACAAUUAUCUUCCAGGGCGAAGGAACUUUCCCCCAUUGCUGUUUUGUUUUAUCCACAGAUGACAGAGAAGGCGAUUCAAAUUAAGAGGUUCUCUUAAAAAUAACUUGUCAGCAAUAGUACUUACAAGCGUUUGUUUAAACGGCUCCUGUAAAGGAUUGUAAAUGCUGUAAAUUCAUUCAUGCAGACUGUAUCCUUCCGUUAAGGAAUAGUGGUGUUGGACUUUGGUUUCCUGAAACAAAACCCAACAACAACAAGAAUCUUCGCUCAGGAUUAGGGUAACAGACUGCUGUGAGUGGCCUGAAAGAGUGGUGCGGCAAUCGUGUUCUUCCCCAAGGGGCUCGGAGCCGCCGCCAAGGCCUCGGGACUGAGAGCACCCGUCGGGGAUUAUUAUGUCCAUCUCCCGAGGACCGGUGUUUGCAGCGCGGAACCGAAGAAAAGGCUGGCUCUUCGGGGUUCCUGCUGGCAUUUGAUACCCAGCUACGCCUAGGAUUGUCGAGAUCGCUUGCCUUGGAUCAGCAAUUUAUUCGCAUUCCUAAUUUUUAAAGAAAAAUAUCUGUUCACCGUUGCUGUUCUUUCACUACCAUCAAAACACUGAAGCAAGUGUCGUCAAAGUAUGCUUUAUAUUUUUUGCCAAAUAUGAUCUCUAAUUGAAAGUUUAUUUUUGAUUUUGGAUGAAUCUGUGGAACUUAUGUUGUAAGAAGAAAGGGAGAACGAGACACGAUGAAAGAGAAGUCCAAAAAUGCUGCCCGGACUAGGAGGGAGAAGGAAAACAGUGAAUUUUAUGAACUGGCUAAAUUACUGCCUUUGCCCUCAGCUAUCACCUCGCAGCUGGACAAAGCAUCCAUAAUCAGACUCACCACCAGCUAUCUCAAAAUGAGAGUAGUGUUCCCAGAAGGGCUCGGCGAGGCGUGGGGCCACUCGAGCAGGACCAGCCCCCUGGACAACGUGGGCCGCGAACUGGGCUCGCACCUGCUCCAGACCCUGGAUGGUUUCAUCUUUGUGGUGGCCCCAGAUGGGAAGAUCAUGUACAUCUCUGAGACAGCCUCAGUCCACCUGGGUCUUUCUCAGGUAGAGCUGACCGGAAACAGCAUUUACGAAUACAUCCACCCGGCGGACCACGACGAGAUGACGGCGGUGCUCACGGCCCACCAGCCCUACCACUCUCACUUCGUCCAGGAGUACGAGAUCGAGCGCUCCUUCUUCCUGAGGAUGAAGUGCGUCUUGGCCAAGAGGAACGCGGGCCUCACCUGCGGCGGCUACAAGGUCAUUCACUGCAGCGGCUACCUGAAGAUCCGCCAGUACAGCCUGGACAUGUCCCCUUUCGACGGCUGCUACCAGAACGUGGGCCUGGUGGCCGUGGGCCACUCGCUGCCUCCCAGCGCCGUCACGGAGAUCAAACUGCACAGUAACAUGUUCAUGUUCCGCGCCAGCUUGGACAUGAAGCUCAUCUUCCUGGACUCCAGAGUGGCGGAGCUGACGGGGUACGAACCUCAGGACCUGAUCGAGAAGACUCUGUACCACCACGUGCACGGCUGCGACACCUUCCACCUGCGCUGCGCCCACCACCUGCUGCUGGUAAAGGGGCAGGUCACCACCAAGUACUACCGGUUCCUGGCGAAGCGCGGCGGCUGGGUGUGGGUGCAGAGCUACGCCACCAUCGUGCACAACAGCCGCUCGUCCAGGCCGCACUGCGUCGUCAGCGUCAACUACGUCCUCACGGACACGGAAUACAAAGGGCUGCAGCUCUCCCUGGAUCAGAUCGCAGCCUCCAAACCAGCCUUCUCCUAUGCAGGCAGCUCCACUCCUGCCCUGGCUGACAGCAGGAAGGGGGCCAAGUCCAGGCUCUGCAGCUCCAAGUCCAAAUCCAGGACUUCCCCCUACCCUCAGGUAGGUACUCUGCCACUUGGCACUUUUCUUUUUCUGUGA